AGGACGACGCUCCUGCUUACUCGUUUAUUUGUUGAUAGAGGGCAUAGUAAUUAUUUACAUAUUUAAGCAUGAAAGGAGAUACCGAGUCUGAGUCUGGGAAAUCAGACGAUGGUGGAUUGAUCCGGAGAAGUCUCGAAAUGCUUUGUCAGGAAUUAAACAUGGACGAGGAGACGGCGACAGAGGCGUAUCAGAACUUUACUUCUGUAUGGAACACAUACACUCUUGAGGGUGAGGUUGUGCACUGGCUUGCCUGUUCUCUGUAUGCUGCCUGUCGCAAAGCUUCUAUUCCCACCAUUGGAAGUGGCAUGGCUGAGGGCAACUGUGUCUCACUCACCAGGAUACUGCGCUCCUCCAAAUUAAGUCUCAUCGAGUUUUUUAGCAAGAUGAAGAAAUGGGCAGUCAUGUCAAACCUUACAGAGGAUUUCUGUAACCGCAUAAGUCGACUUGAGAGGAAUUUCGAAGUGUCUACUGUAAUCUUCCGCAAAUUUGAGACAAUUUUUUCAGACAUGUUUCAGAAUCCUCGGGGUGAACCUCCACGUCAGCCACGAGGCAGAAAACACAGGCGUUUUCCAUGUCACAUCAGUGAGGUUUUUAAGUUCUGUUGGACCCUAUUUGUGCAUACCAAAGGUAAUUUCAAAAUGAUUGGAGAUGAUCUUGUCAACUCUUACCAUCUUCUCUUGUGCUGUCUGGACUUGGUUUAUGGCAAUGCUCUACUCUGCUCCAACAGGGAAGAACUCAUUAAUUCACAUUUUAAAGGUUUGCCAAAGGAUCAUGGGGGCACUGAAGAUAUUCAGUGUGUGCUUGUGAAGUUGUGUGAACUGCACGAUGGUCUAGUUGUUGAAGCAAAAGGGAUAAAGGAGCACUACUUUAAACCCUACAUCAGGCGGCUGUUGGAGAAAAAAAUAUUGAAGGGAGAUUUUGAAAACCUCACAGAGUUCCUGGACAUGUCCAAUUUUCAAGACAAUAAUAAAGCCAUAAAUCGUGAAUAUGAAGAGUAUGUCCUGACUGAGGGAGAUUUUGAUGAGCGAGUUUUUUUGGGAGCUGAUGCGGAUGAGGAGAUUGGCACGCCUCGUAAGAUCACCUCUGAGCCACCAGCAGGCCAACUGUCCAGCCGCAUGCAGGUGGAAAGCAACCUGCAGCAACACAUUAAAAAGACUCAGUCUUUGGCCCCUUCAACUCCCCUUACGGGGCGGAGGUACCUAAAGGAGAAAGAGGUGUUGAUUACACCAGUGUCCUCAGCAACUCAAAGUGUGAGUCGACUGCAAAGCAUGGUGUCUGGCCUUCGCAACUCCCCUAGUGAUGCCCUGCUCCAGAUCUUCAAGUCUUGUUCUCGUGACCCUACUGAAGCCAUAAUAAAUCGUGUGAAGACUCUAGGAGAUACUUUUAAGCAGGGCUACACUAAACAAACAGAUGACUUUCCAGAACCUCAUAUAGAAUUUGCAGAGAACCGCCUAAAACUAGCUGAGAUCCUGUACUAUAAGGUACUGGAAAAUGUCAUAACUCAGGAGAUGAAGAGACUUCAGGGUAAAGACAUGACUGUGCUGUUAGAGCAGGAUGUGUUCCUCUGCUCUCUUUUGGCCUGCUGUAUGGAGGUUGUGUUGUUUGCGUACAGUUCACAGCGAACAUUUCCUUGGAUUUUAGAAACCUUUCAGCUUAGACCUUUCUACUUCUACAAGGUGAUCGAGGUGUUCAUCCGAUCUGAGGAGGGCCUAUCCAGAGACAUGGUGAAACACCUAAAUGCUUUAGAGGAGCAAGUGCUGGAGAGUAGAGCUUGGACUAGAGACUCUGUACUGUGGGAAUCUUUACAGCAUGCUAAUAAUAAAGUCCCCACUGUAGAGGAGGUUAAUUUCCCUAGUAGUCUAGAUUCUGGCAAUAACAGUAGUUGUGGUGGCUCCAAUCACCUCCCACUGGUGGCCCUGUCGCCGAUUUUGCACCCUCGUCUCCGAGAGGUUCGCACUGGCCUAGGAUCCAGUGCUCGCAAAGAUGUCCCUCAAUCUCCAAUCUCUCUCCAUGACCGCUACAGUUCUCCAGCAGCAGGCAGUGCCAAAAGGCGUUUGUUUGGAGAUGAUUCUCAGCCUCAUUCUCCAGUCAAAAGGAUCUCGGUCAACCCCAUAAAAAUAACCUCCAGAGAAAACAGUGACCAGAGCCAUGCCACUACUGUCCUCUCAAUGUCUACUUCUAAUGGCCAGCAGCUCAACAUCCCAUUGCCAGUAAUGAAGAAUGAGGUGGGUGGCAUUACAGUGAUCCAGGUACAGACCAAUGAGCUGAUCCCCCUAACAGCACAGGUGCUACUUGCCUCACCAAGCAGGAACACUGGUGCAAGACUUGGCAGUACACAGACCACAAACGCACCACGUCGCACAGGAUCCCUCGCUCUUUUCUUUCGCAAGGUGUAUCAUUUAGCAAGUGUGCGUUUAAGAGAUUUGUGCCUCAAGUUGGACAUCCCUGCAGAACUGAGGGGUAAAAUCUGGACGUGCUUUGAGCACUCAUUGGUCUACUGCUCAGACAUGAUGAAGGACAGACACCUGGACCAGCUUCUGCUCUGUGCUGUUUACAUCAUAUCCAAGAUCUCAAAAGAGCAGCACACCUUCCAGGACAUUAUGAAAUGCUAUCGAAGUCAACCUCAAGCAAGCAGUCAUGUUUACCGCAGUGUGUUAAUAAGGAGGAGAAUCAGAGAGCAGCAAUCUGAUGAGAACAUGGAGGUUGACCCAUCAACAGAUCACUCCAAUGACAGGACAGAGCAUGAUGCCAGUGCCGAAGUUGACAGCAGUUUGGAUGAGGAAAGGGGUGACCUCAUUCAGUUCUACAACACUGUUUACGUCCACAGGAUGAAAUCAUUUGCACUCAGAUACGCUCUUACAGCUGUUGAUAGUAGGAUGGAAGCUCCACCAUUAUCUCCAUUUCCCUCUGUACGAUCUCAGCCUCUGUCCCCACGACGAAUCUCUCAAAGACAUUCCAUCUAUCUUUCUCCUCACAAAAAUGGAUCCUGCCUUACACCCAACUCUGCCUACACAUACAAGUUCACCGGCAGCCCAUCUAAGGAGCUGAGUAACAUAAACCGGAUGAUUCGUCAGGGAUGUGUGAGCAAGAAGAGAGCUUUUACAAUGGAGGGAGAUGAGACAGAGUCUCCCAGCAAAAUGCUGAAUCAGGAGAGCGAGGACGUGUUACUCAAGCGUCUUCAGGAUGUAGUGAGCGAGAGAGCCAGUCACUGACUCAUCUCAUGAGACAUUUUAUGGUGUCACAGAUGGUGUCACAGUUCCAGGUGUUUUUUAUAUUCACAGACCCAAUUAUGUGGUAGCAGAUCCUUUACGUUUAAAGAACAUGUUCACUGCAUCUGCAAAAAGCUUGUCAAUGAUCUAAACCCAAGAAUCAUGACUUUCUUUUAGCAACAAAACAUUUGGGGUAUGUUUGCUUUCAAGGUCUUUGUGGAUAUGAACUUCAUUUUUCUCAGUCAUUUAAGAGCACAUAAGAGGUAUUGAUACACAAUUUAACCAAAGAUGGUGCUCAUGUAUAUUUUCUGCUGUGUGAAUGUCGUCUAUAAAUGAACCAAUUUUAUUUGUCGGAGUUUGUUUGAAUUGUACAAAUACAGUCUCAUGUUCUGGCUGUUGUUAAGCUGAAACAUUUUGUAUCAGUUAAGAUUAUUGUAAUUGUGUAAUUUCAGUGUGCUUGGUUUAUUUUUACAUUGUUUUAUGUGCUGCAAACAUGCAGAAUUGCACUGUGCUGUGUAGUAUCUACACUAAAUUUUACUGUAUAAUUAACAUUUUUGUUCUUUUAAAUGUCAUCAAACUCGCACACCAUUCUUUGUUUCUUAAUCAUUGGAUGCUUUAAUUAGUGCAAAAUAUUACUUUUUUUGUCCAUGUUAUAUAAAUAUUGAAUUUUUGUUGCUGAAGUGGCUCAUUCUGAUUUGUUAUGUAUGUUUUCCCUCUGAAAUUGAGCAUAUGCAAAUUAUUAUAAAUUCUCUUAUUAAUUUGCAGUGAUAAUUGUUUAAAAACAAAACAUGUUUUAAGGAUCACAAUAUAAUUUGCAAUUAUGUAUUGCAGGUUGUUUAGGAUGUCUGUGUGUACUUUAAACACACUACCAGUACGUUAUUUAGCUAUAACAUUUACUGUACUUGUUUAAGAACUAAUAUCUGUGUACUGUUUAAACAUACUUCAGCCAGUGCCUUCAUUGUACAUAGAAAUAAAAUAUUU